CGGUAUUUCAAGAUGGAGUCUGCGCCUUAUUUUGUAGCUUUCCACCUACAGUAAUCAUAAUAUGGCAAAUUAAAUCAGUGAUUUUUAAAGUUCUGAGUUUGAGAAGUUCAUUUUUUCUUUGCUUCUCGUCAAUCUGUUUGGGAUUUGAAUAUAGGUAUUUGAUGAAAAGAGAGGUUAUUUGCAAAAAAUCUUGUCAACUGAAACAUCUAGCUAGGUAGCGAUCGGUUAAGUGGUUGGAAUGUUCAUAAACGUUCUAUUAAUUCGGAGAUCGAUAUGACGUUGAGAGAGUUAAAGGUUUGCCUUCUUGGGGACACUGGGGUUGGAAAGUCAAGCAUUGUUUGGAGGUUUGUGGAGGACAACUUUGACCCUAACAUUAAUCCAACUAUUGGGGCAUCCUUCAUGACAAAGACGGUGCAGUAUCAAAAUGAGCUUCACAAAUUUCUCAUCUGGGACACUGCAGGGCAAGAGAGAUUCCGUGCGUUGGCGCCAAUGUACUACAGAGGCUCUGCGGCAGCCAUCAUUGUUUAUGACAUCACUAAAGAGGACUCGUUCCAGACGUUAAAGAACUGGGUGAAGGAGCUUCGUCAACACGGCCCGCCCAACAUCGUGGUAGCCAUCGCUGGCAACAAGUGUGACCUAUCCGAUGCCAGGGAGGUCUCGGAGAAGGAUGCCAAGGACUACGCUGACUCCAUCCACGCCAUCUUUGUGGAGACCAGCGCCAAGAACGCCAUUAACAUCAAUGAGGUCUUUAUAGAGAUAAGUCAACGGAUCCCUGUCCUAGAUGCAGGGGGAGGGGCUGCAGGGAAUGGCUUCAAACUGCGCCGGCGGCCCUCAGAGACCCGAACCCGGACCUGCUGCUGAUGCUGCCAGUGAUUCCUGACCGUAGUCCCCACAUUGACCCUUGACCCCUGACCCUUCUCUGCUUGCAGCCUCCAUAAUCCCCCCCUAACCACAGACCUGCGUCACAGAGACCUGGGAGCUGUAAAUUCCACUCCUCCAUCAGGAAACCCUGAUUACUACCGCCAUUGCGUCCUGCGUCUAAUGCUACACUGUAAAGAGAGAGCAGCCGAGCAAAUUACAGUUCACUGGGAUAUAUGACCAUAUCUCAUCGUUCUAUGCGGCUAACUUUGGCUCAGUUAUUGUGAAGCUGUAGUCUUGUGUUGUUAAUGCCUAUCCGGAGCCCAAAAGGUUCAAAUGAAGUCCACAGCCUUUAAAGGCGCUGUAUUUGUCGUGCAGCAUUUACAGUGAUAUGACCUCUGCAGAAGUCAGGGCAUUUUAUUAUUCUUGCUCUUAACCAAGCAGCACAGAGCUGUUGUGAAGGAAGUUGUCAAGGUAGUGAGUUUGUGUUUAUGCAGGACCUCCCGCCCACUCCUACCGUCAACCAAUCAUGUCACUGCGGAGUUAUACGGAGCACUCUGUAUUGUUACAAAAUCUGAGAUGCGCACAGCGAUGUGGUGUGGAGCUGAAUUGAGUCACACCAUCCUUACGGUGAAUCCGACUACAUUUUUGGAUUAAGCAUAAAUUGGAUCUCAGUAUUUAGCCUUUAGGUUCGCCAAGUAGGUCUAUGGCAGCUAUCCUUUAGGAUCGCCAAGUAGGUCUAUGGCAGCUAUCCUUUAGGAUCGCCAAGUAGGUCUAUGGCAGCUAUCCUUUAGGAUCGCCAAGUAGGUCUAUGGCAGCUGUCCUUUAGGAUCGCCAAGUAGGUCUAUGGCAGCUGUCCUUUAGGAUCGCCAAGUAGGUCUAUGGCAGCUGUCCUUUAGGAUCGCCAAGUAGGUCUAUGGCAGCUGUCCUUUAGGAUCGCCAAGUAGGUCUAUGGCAGCUGUCCUUUAGGUUCGCCAAGUAGGUCUAUGGCAGCUGUCCUUUAGGAUCGCCAAGUAGGUCUAUGGCAGCUAUCCUUUAGGAUCGCCAAGUAGGUCUAUGGCAGCUAUCCUUUAGGUUCGCCAAGUAGGUCUAUGGCAGCUAUCCUUUAGGAUCGCCAAGUAGGUCUAUGGCAGCUAUCCUUUAGGAUCGCCAAGUAGGUAUAUGGCAGCUAUCCUUUAGGAUCGCCAAGUAGGUAUAUGGCAGCUAUCCUUUAGGAUCGCCAAGUAGGUCUAUGGCAGCUAUCCUUUAGGAUCGCCAAGUAGGUCUAUGGCAGCUAUCCUUUAGGUUCGCCAGGUAGGUCUAUGGCAGCUAUCCUUUAGGAUCGCCAGGUAGGUCUAUGGCAGCUAUCCUUUAGGAUCGCCAGGUAGGUCUAUGGCAGCUAUCCUUUAGGAUCGCCAGGUAGGUCUAUGGCAGCUAUCCUUUAGGAUCGCCAGGUAGGUCUAUGGCAGCUAUCCUUUAGGUUCGCCAGGUAGGUCUAUGGCAGCUAUCCUUUAGGUUCGCCAGGUAGGUCUAUGGCAGCUAUCCUUUAGGAUCGCCAGGUAGGUCUAUGGCAGCUAUCCUUUAGGAUCGCCAGGUAGGUCUAUGGCAGCUAUCCUUUAGGAUCGCCAAGUAGGUCUAUGGCAGCUAUCCUUUAGGAUCGCCAAGUAGGUCCAUGGCAGUCUCACCCCCCUCCUUGCUGUGUUCACUUCAUCCUCCCGUUUUCCAGAUCUGUGGCUCGUCCAAGCCUAUGGCACCAGAUUCCUAUGUGGCUCUGGUCAAAAGUAGUGCACCUUAUACAGCGACUGUACAAAACAUUAAGAACACCUUCCUAAUAUUGAGUUGUCAGCCUCGUUUCGUUGGGGCAUGGACUCUACAAGGCGUCGGAAGCGUUUCACAGGGAUGCUGGCCCAUGUUGACUUCAAUGCUUCCCACAGUUGUGUCAAGUUGGCUGGAUGUCCUUUGGGUGGUGGACAGUUAUUGAUACACACGGGAAACUGUUGAGCGUGAAAAACCCAGCAAUGUUGCAGUUCUUGACACAAACCGGUGCGCCUGGUACCUACUACCAUACCCUGUUCAAGCCACUUCAAUCUUUUCUCUUGCCCAUUCACCCUCUGAAUGGCACACCACAGGAUGUUGGUGGCACCUUAAUUUAAGAAGAACAGGCUCAUGGUAAUAACUGGAGCGGAGUCAGUGGAAUGGUAUCAUGUACAUUAAACACAUGGUCUCCAGGUCUUUGAUGCCAUUCCAUUAGCUCCAUUCCAGACAUUAUUAUGAGCCAUUUUCCCCUCAGCAGCCUCUACUGUGGCACACAUAGACAAUCCAUGUCUCAAGGCUUAAAAGUCCUUCUUUAACCUGUCUGCUUCCCUUCAUCUACACUGAUUGAAGUGGAUUUAACAGGUGACAUCAAUAAGGGAUAACUUGGUCAUUCUCUGUCAUGGAAAGAGUAGGUAUUCCUAAUGAUUUGUCCACUCUACACGAAUGUUCUAUUUGUUAAAUUGUGCUAGUGUAAAAGAAGUCAUUGUUGGAUUUUAUUUUUCUUCCCAAAUUUAAGAAGAAACAUCCCCAACUCUAACUCUUGUGAACCAGGUAGAUAAGUCAGGUGCAUGAUGGGAAGUAUAGUUGUGUAGUCUGUUACAUUUUAAGGACCUUCACACAGUGCUUUGCGGCACAGGGCCAAGGCAGGUGUUUGCCAAACUGCUUGAUCCCUAAUGGGGGUAAUGUGGGUAACAUUUUCCCUCCAAAGUGUCAAGGCUAAAGCAGUCACUGAGAGACAC